CUUGUUCACCACUACAAACGCCACGAAAAUGAAGUAGAAUGCAUCGGGCUCUGCUUAUUUCAGAAGUCCUCUUGGACAUAUUCACGCAUUUCAACCAAAUUGCAUCGUCAUCUGCCGAAUUGUCUCCCACAUCCCUUAAGUCCCUUGAGGCACUUGCAACUUGUGCAAGGACGUGUAAAACUUUCCAUGAGCCCGCAACGGAUUGGCUUUGGGCUAACAUGGAUGGGAUAGAACCACUGCUAGGCUGUGUACCGAGGCUCCAUCAGAUGAUAUACGUUGGCGACGCAAAUGCAAGUGCAGACUCGUUAUGCGGUAUCCUUAUGCUCAUCUCUUUUCGUCCAUUAUCACACAAACCACCUAAACCAACUGUUGUUGCUCUGUACUCAAGGGCAUCACUUCUGUUCCCAAGACAUCAAACCGUUAUCUGAGCACGAGGCCCGCCAAUUUUUGCGUUAUGCGGCCCGUGUGCGCUCAAUGCAUGUAUUCACCUACGAAUAUAUCCACCUUCCCGCGGUUCUUCCUAUCGAGACAUAGUUCUCAAGACUGCCGUAAUUAUCCUGGCUGGAACGACGUACAAAUAUCAGAUACUUGCAUCUCUUCCUGCCUCCUACGCU